ACCUCCCACGGCCACGCUCUUUCCGCACAGCGGGUCUUGUGGCACACACGUGUCUACAUAACCACCCGCAGCUGCUGCAUUCACACACGCGCCCCCCCUCCCCGCACACUCACUGAGUGUGCCUCGUUUGUGGCUCGACCCAGGCCGUGAGGAGAGGGGCGCCUGCCUGGUCUCCGAGGCCCGCCUGCGGGCGCCCGCCUGCUGCCGCCCCCUCGCGGUACCAUGUGGAGGGGGCGCUGUUCUCUGGGAGGGCGGCCUGGGGUGUCGCUGCUGCUGCUGCUGCUUCUGGGGCUGGCGGCGAGUGCGCGGGCCAGCGGCGAGUAUUGCCACGGCUGGCAGGACGGGGCGACUUGGCGCGACGGCUUCCAGUGCCCGGAGCACUUCGACGACGGCGACGCCACCAUCUGCUGCGGCACGUGCGCCCUUCGCUACUGCUGCUCCCGCCCGGAGGCCCGCCUGGACCAGGGCGUCUGCGACAACGACCGGCAGCAAGGGGGAGCCGAGCACGGCCGGCCCGACAAGGACAUCCCUGACGGCGCAGCAGUGCCUAUCUACGUGCCCUUCCUUAUCGUGGGCUCUGUUUUCGUCGCGUUCAUCAUCUUGGGGUCCCUCGUAGCAGCUUGCUGCUGCCGCUGCCUGCGCCCCAAGCAAGAGCCCCAGCAGAGCCGGCCUCCUGGAGGCAACCGGAUAAUGGAGACUAUUCCCAUGAUCCCAAGUGCCAGCACCUCCCGCGGAUCCUCGUCGCGUCAAUCAAGCACCGCUGCCAGCUCCAGCUCCAGUGCCAACUCAGGUGCCAGGCCUCCCCCUACCAGGUCGCAAACCAACUGCUGUUUACCAGAAGGGACCAUGAAUAAUGUAUACGUCAACAUGCCUACUAAUUUCUCAGUACUGAACUGCCAGCAGGCUACGCAGAUAGUGCCUCACCAAGGCCAAUAUUUGCACCCGCAGUAUGUGGGUUACGCUGUACCGCACGACUCUAUGCCCAUGGCCCCCGUGCCCCCUUUCCUUGACGGCCUGCAAAGUGGAUACAGGCCGAUUCAGUCUCCUUAUCCCCACAGCAAUAGCGAACAGAAGAUGUACCCAGCAGUGACUGUGUAGCUCGAAGGAGGGAUGAAACAGCAGCAGACACCCAAGCAAAAAAUAAAAAAUAAAAAUAUUGCCGCAACAGACUGUGAGCAGAGGAAAGGAACGCUUUUGGGAAGAAGCUUGCUGAACUUCAUUUGUAAAUAAUUUUGGAAGGCUCAUGCAUGUCGGGACAGUAUUUAUAAACGGUUUUCUUUUCGUUCAGUUCAGUUGCCAAAAGAACUGUAUGAAGAUAUCUUGGAUUUAACAUUUCCAGAUAAUGCUUCCAUUCCAGUGCAAAAUUUACAGGGGCAAAGGAUUAUGCUGAAGAGGCAUCUACAUUUUGGUUAGAUAAGUGUGUGAGUGUGUGUGUGUGUGUGUGUGAGUGUGAGUGAUUAAAUGCCUGAGCCACUAAGUGCCCUUCAAGGUGCUACACAGUCGAUGGUAUUUACCUAGUGAAUAGAAAACCAGCUUGUUACAUGGUACGAAAUAAUUGUUUUAGAAGUGUCUUUCCCCCAGAGUUUUAACUACCCUUCGUAUUGCUGUUCCGACAAUCACACUGACAACAGAAGGAUGAACAGUGCAAUCAAUCCUGGUUAGUUACAUAGUCCUAGACGUUUGACUUGAAAUU